AUGUGCAGCUCUCGCCGUGAUGAGCCCUCUGGCUCGACCAAUGUUCAUGGUCGUGAGGUUCUCCCCACCAAUGUCAAGCCAGUCCACUACGACUUGACCCUGGAGCCAGACUUCAAGACAUUCAAGUACAACGGUACAGUCACGAUUGACCUCCAGGUCAACGAAGACACGGACUUCAUCUCCCUCAACACCAACGAAAUCGAGAUUCACACCGCCUCUGUCCACCAUAAGGGAGCUGUCAUCGAGUCCAAGGGCGACGUUGUAAUCAACCAUGAUACUCAAGUCGCAACGGUUCAGCUGAAGGAGUCCCUGUCAGCCGGCGCCGAUGCUAAGCUCACCCUCACAUUCACCGGUAUUCUGAAUGAUAACAUGGCCGGCUUCUACCGAUCAUCCUUCCAGGAGAAUGGCAAGACCGAAUACAUUGCGUCAACACAGAUGGAGCCCACAGAUUGUCGUCGUGCGUUCCCAUGCUUUGACGAGCCCGCUCUCAAGGCCAAGUUUACAGUUACCUUGAUUGCCGACAAGGACAUGACCUGUCUCAGCAACAUGGACGUCGCUUCUGAGACCGAAGUCCAGAACGGUGCCAAAAAGGCUGUCAAGUUCAACACCUCGCCUCUCAUGUCCACCUACUUGGUUGCGUUCAUCGUGGGUCGCCUCAAGUAUGUCGAGACCCAGAACUUCCGCGUUCCCAUUCGUGUGUACGCUACGCCUGAUCAAGAUAUUGAGCACGGUCGUUUCUCCCUCGAGCUUGCCGCUAGAACCCUGGCUUUCUACGAGAAGGCGUUUGACAACGAAUUCCCCCUCCCCAAGAUGGACAUGGUCGCCGUGCCCGACUUCAGCGCCGGUGCUAUGGAGAACUGGGGUCUGAUCACCUACCGUAUCGUUGACCUGCUGCUGGAUGAAAAGACCAGCGGUGCCUCACGCAAGGAGCGAAUCGCCGAGACCGUGCAGCACGAAUUGGCUCACCAAUGGUUCGGUAACUUGGUGACCAUGGACUUCUGGGACGGUCUCUGGUUGAACGAGGGCUUUGCUACCUGGAUGUCGUGGUAUUCUUGCAAUGAAUUCUACCCGGAGUGGAAGGUGUGGCAGACCUACGUCAUUGACAACCUGCAGAGCGCACUGUCCCUUGACUCCCUCCGCUCCUCUCACCCUAUCGAGGUGCCCGUCAAACGUGCGGACGAGGUCAACCAGAUCUUCGACGCCAUCUCAUACUCCAAGGGUUCUUCCGUGUUGCGCAUGAUUUCAAAGUACCUCGGUGAAGAUGUCUUCCUCCAGGGUGUCCGCGCUUACAUCAAGAAGCACGCUUAUGGCAACACGGAGACCGGUGACCUUUGGUCCGCUCUGGCAGACGCCAGUGGCAAGCCUGUCGAGUCUGUCAUGGAUAUCUGGACGAAGAAUGUCGGUUUCCCUGUCAUCAGUGUGACGGAAAACCCGUCAUCUUCCUCUAUCCACCUGAAGCAGAACCGCUUCCUGCGUACCGGUGAUGUUCGUGCUGAGGAAGACCAGACCAUUUACCCUUGCAUGCUGGGUCUGCGCACCAAGGAUGGCGUUGACGAGAACACUAUGUUGACUGAGCGGGAAGCGGAGUUCAAGGUGCCUGAUCUGGACUUUUUCAAGGUCAACGCGGAUCACUCGGGCAUUUACCGUACCUCGUACUCUCCUGAGCGUCUCACCAAGCUUGGACAGGCUGCGAAGAAGGGACUUUUGACCACCGAGGACCGUGCCGGUCUGAUUGCGGACUCUGGUGCUCUGGCUUCCUCUGGCUAUCAGAAGACCUCCGGUCUGCUGUCCCUGCUCAAGGGCUUGGACAGCGAGACCGAGUUCAUUGUCUGGAAUGAGAUGCUGACCCGCAUUGGCGCUCUCCGCAGCUCUUGGAUCUUUGAGGACCAGGAGACCAAGGAUGCUCUGAAGAAGUUCCAGCGUGAGCUUGUGUCAGCCAAGACCCACGAGCUGGGCUGGGAGUUCUCUGAGAACGAUGGCCACAUCCUGCAGCAGCUCAAGGCCCUCCUGUUUGGCUGUGCCGGUUCCGCCGGCGACCCUGUUGUGAUCAAGGCUGCCCAGGACAUGUUCGCCCGCUUCGCCGCUGGGGAUCACUCCGCCAUUCACCCCAACAUUCGUGGCAAUGUGUUCUCCAUUGUCCUCAAGCACGGCGGUGCCAAGGAAUACGAUGUCAUCCUGAAGCGCUUCCGUGAAGCCCCCACCUCCGAUGAGAAGACCACUGCUCUGCGCUGCCUUGGUGUGGCUGAGGAUCCCGCUCUUGUGCAGCGCACUCUUGCCAUGGCUAUGGGCGAUGAAGUCCGUAGCCAGGAUAUUUUCAUGCCUUUGGCCGGUCUCCGCGGCCAUGUAACUGGUAUUGAAGCCCGCUGGACCUGGCUCAAGGAGAACUGGGAUGCUAUCUACAAACGCCUGCCUCCCUCACUGGGCAUGCUUGGCUCUGUGGUUCAAAUUUCCGCGUCUUCCUUUAGCACCGAGGCUCAGUUGAAGGAGGUCAAAGACUUCUUCGGCUCCAAGGAUACCAAGGGCUAUGACCGUGCCGUUUCCCAGAGUCUGGAUGCCAUCCAGGCCAAGGUUAACUGGCUGCAGCGUGACCGUGAGGAUGUCAAGACCUGGUUGAAGAACAACCAGUAUCUUCAGGGCAAGCUCUGA